GUCCCCACAGGCCCUGAACAACCUGCAGAUGAAAUGGAGAAUCAAAUAAAAUCACCUGACCCAAGGCCUGUUGCCCCUCCUGAGUACAAUUCCCAUUUUGUACCAGGGCCCCCUGGACCAGCUGUCCCUCCUCCUGCAGUCCCCCCAGGAGGCUUGCCUGUGGGAUACUACAGUCCACAUCAGCCCAGUACCUUGCCCUUGUACAUGCAAACUGGUGGUAGCCAUCCUAUCCAGUACCAGCCUGGAAAAUACCCUGCACCACAACAUUCUGCUCCAAUAGUAUGGAUGCCAAUGCCAACUGUUAUGCCAAACUGUCCUCCAGGUCUGGAAUAUUUAGCCCAGUUGGACAACAUACAUGUUCUUCAGCAUUUUGAACCCCUGGAAAUGAUAACAGAUUUUGAAACUAAUAAUACAUAUGAUAUUAAAAACAACCUGGGCCAGAUGGUUUACUUUGUGACCGAAGACACAGAUGACUACACCAGGAAUGCUUAUCGGACACUGAGGCCCUUUGUGCUCCGGGUCACUGACUGUAUGGGCCGAGAGAUCAUGACAAUGCAGAGACCUUUCAGAUGCACCUGCUGCUGCUUCUGUUGCCCCUCCACCAGGCAAGAGCUGGAGGUGCAGUGUCCUCCUGGUGUCACCAUUGGCUUUGUUGCUGAUCACUGGAACCUGUGCAGGGCAGUGUACAGCAUCCAAAAUGAGAAGAAAGAAGAUAUGAUGGGAGUGCUUGGGCCAUGCUCAACCUAUGGCUGUGGUUCAGAUUCUGUUUUUGAGGUCAUAUCCCUUGAUGGUGUAUCCAGUAUCGGCAGUAUUACUCGGAAGUGGAAUGGUGUGUUAUCUGCAAUGAGCGAUGCUGACCACUUUGAAAUUCACUUCCCAUUAGACCUGGAUGUGACAAUGAAAGCCAUGAUUUUUGGAGCUUGCUUCCUCAUUGACUUCAUGUAUUUUGAAAGCUCUCCACCACAACGUUCAUCGGAUACCGCAAAUCAGCAAUUCUGA